AUGGAAAAUGCGGUACGGCAUCUGAACCAAAUCAAGGUGGACAACAGGGGCAACCAGGUCAACCUGGCCAACCAGGACAGCCUGGACAACCGAGUCAAUCAGGCCAGCCCGGUCACCCUGAUCAACAGAGUCAAUCAGGCCAGCCCGGUCACCCUGGCCAACCCGGUCAAGGUCAUCCAGGACAACCCGGCGAACCGGGUCAAGCAGGACAGCACGGUCAACCUGGCCAACCAGGUCAACAAGGUCAACCAGGACAACCCAGCCAAUCUGAGCAACCAGGACAAUCCGGCCAAUCUGGGCAACCAGGUGAGUCAGGACAACCCGGUCAACCAGGACAGCAAGGCCAGCCUGGGCACCCCAGUCAGCCUAAUCAACAAGGCCAACCAGGACAACACGGCCAAACAGGGCAAACUGUGCAUGGAGAAAAUUGCAAUCAUGGAAUAG